AUGCACUUCACACAUCUCCUGAUGGGAAUCGUAUCCCUCCUGUCCGUCACAACAGCCAUUCCAAUGUCGAGCAAUAAGCCAACUCCUACAUCCUCCAUGCUCAAAUCUCUCAUCUCGCCCAGCUCCGCCUCAGUCUCUGCAUCGGCUUCACCAACCCCCUCGCCAAACCCUUACGAGGCAUACACUUGCCCCAAGGGCAAGUUCAAAUCCUGCUGCAUGUCCGUGCAGCAGACAGGCAAAGACGUAAUCAAGCCACUUGGGGAGUUAGUUCCAAUUGUCGGCGGGUUGGAGCUUAGCUCGGCUAUAUCUUUCCAGUGCAAGAGAAUGGCCGAUAAAGAGCCCCCUGCGACAUGCAAUAAGACGGGUUAUAAUCCCAUGUGCUGCAAUAGCAAUGAUACUGGCGUCGGGUUCAACACUUGCAAGCCUUUCGAUCAGGUUAAGAAGGCAUACUAUGCUCAGCAAAUGGAGGAGAAGCCGGAGACUCAGGCUGAGAUGAUUAUGGAUAUUCUUACUUGA